GUCAAAUUGAAGAAGAGCAGUAGUUGCAACUCUACUACGUAGCCUAUAGAGAUUCACUUGUUCUUUAGUACUAUCUCUCUCUGCAAGUCGACGUCUUGCGUCAAUUAAAAAAACAACAACUUAUUUGAAGAUAUUAUAACACAAGAACAAGAUGGUGGCGCCUGGCAGUGCCAAUAUCAACGAGAUCGAGCUCACGGAUAUCGAUUUUCCAGCCGUGGAGUCCGCAACCAACGCUAAAGUAGUUCUGCGCUACCUCCAGCUUCUCGAGGAUGACGGGAACAUGUAUCCAGAAUUGCAUGCAGCAUGCAAGGAAAAACUUCGAUUAAGACAUCACUGCGGGUUAAUAGAGAAUUUUCUUGAAAGAAAGAAUACAAGUGGCAUCACAGACAGUUUGAGUACUUCUUCUUCUUUCUUUCUUCUUCGGGUUAAUAGAGAGAGUACAAGUAUGCCUAUGCUAGCACUUUGCCUUUCCUCGCACAGACGUACGCCUAUACUGCAAAAAACUUCUAAUCCAAGAGCUCAACCCGAAACUCUACGCAGUGCAGUAUCCCAGAGCCACGACGCAGGAUGAGGUGGAGGAGGCGACGAAAGAUCUUUUCGACUGGGAAGCGGAAGUGAAAAGGACUGAUGAAUCCCUCAAAAAAGCGGGGAAAGCGAAAGGUUCUUCAUACACUAUCUGAAGUACGUGUUAGUGUUUACGUCGAGUUGGGUAGUACUCUUGCUACUGGUAUUGCCCCUAAUAUUUCCUGUGUAGUUCUUCAUUAUAUCAUAAAAAUUUGCACGACCAACUUUCAUCUUCUACCAGCCUCCACUUCCCUUCCUCCACCGCGCGGUGCCGAGUCUUCCGGAAAAGACACGUCAACAGUCAUUGCACAGCGCGACAACAUUGUAGACGGGGAAUAUGACGAAGGCAGCAAGGGUACUGAGGGGUAUGCCAGGGAUAAGACGAAGAUGAAAGACUACUACAGGAAUUGGGACCAGGUCGACAUCGACAAGAUGGAAGAGGAUAUUGAUGCGAAGUUAUGAGACAAGAAGAAGUUACAGAUGAGAAGAUAGCGAUAGAAGUUUUGGAUAAAGAACCGAAGUAGAUCUCUCUUUUCUUCUAAUCUCCGAAGAAGCCGAACGCGCGGCGAAUCGCGAGAGGCAAGCGGCUAUGCAGCAAACCCAAGACUUUGAGGAGGAAUAUUUUUCCAGGGAAAAGCUAGCCUCUUUAUCCUCUAUCCAGCGUGAACAGAUGGCUACUAGCGAGAAAGAGAAAGGCAAUGAAGCUUUCUAUGCCGCCGAUUUGGAGGAAGCGGAGAUGUACUUAACUUUUUUUGUGCUGGCUCCUUGAAUGACGUGAUUGUUCUUGGAGUCUUUGAAACUCUAAAAUGUUAACUAGAUCUACAUCACUUAGCCCUAAACCCAAAGCCCUGUCAACAGGUACUAUUCGCGCUCCUUAGUCCUAAACCCCUCCGCCCCGUCUGUGUUUACAAAUCGCGCUUUGGUCCGAUUGAAGCGGAAGAAGGCUAGCCAGGCGAAAGAGGAUUGCGACCGUGCUCUCAAACUAGUGCCAACGUACAUGAAGGCGCUUCACAGACGCGGCAAAGCAAACUACGAUCUUGGCUGCUACGACCUAGCCGUCCGCGAUUUCCAACAGGCACUACAAUUAGACCCGAACUCAGCACAGAUUAACGGUGAUUUGCGCGAAGCAAGGAAGAUGCUUUCGUCGCAGCCAUCGAAACCUGUGGCUACGAAACCCGCAAUUUCUUCUGGCAAUGAUGGGGGUGCAAGUAGCAGUUCCUCGAAGAAAGACGAUGGAAAGCCGACGUUUAGGAGGGUACUUCUAAGCCAAGACUUACUUUCAAAUAAAUUAUUUUGUAAACGAAUCUCAAUCAAUCUUCAUCUUUUGCCUUUCCCUCACUCAGUCUUUUUUGCAGACGAAACAGCUUCCUGAUAAAGAUCUUCGGCUUAAAGCACUAAGUAGAACUACAUCUUCCGGUUAGUUUUCACAUCUAUGUAUCUAUAGAUACGCUAGGUUUGCCCCUUCAAAGAAAAUAACCCUGUAAUAUCUUCUCCCUCCUCCAGAUCCAAAUCGAUUCGGAUUCUUCGGAUGACGAUGAAGACGCCACAGAAGUAGCAGAGGCAUCCAAAGGAGCUACGGCAUCGUCGACUUCCUCGAAGCCACCCACGAUGAAUGCUUCCGAUUGGAUCAGCCUGGCCGAGAAAGAAUUCCAGAACAGUAGGUGUCGCGAAGCCUGUCGUGCACUAGACUGUGCAGCAGCAGCAGUUAUGGAGGGUCAAAUAAACUGUACUACAUCUAGUAGUUGUACCUCAAGAUGAUCAUGACAUUCAUCAAAGGAAAUAAGGAAAAGAUGUUGUUGUGCCAGUAACUACAAGCUCCAUCAUCUCUAAUACAAGUGCCAACGAAUCCGACCCCACUUUUGUCACCCUAGACAAAAAGAUCGCAGCUGCACUCGAGAAAGCAGCGGCUGGGCAGAAGAGGCAGAACAGUUACAGCUUCCUCGAUUGUGGCCCUGUCCUGUCGAAGAAUGUGCUUUUCGACGAUACGGCAGCUUUAGCAGGCGCUGCAGGAGGCGCUUCAUCGUCGUCAUCGGGAGGAUUUUUAUGGAUGUUUUCCCAUCUUUCUAUCCCAUUCCGACGCACUUAGAAAACUACAUUUUCAUUUCACGAUAUUACACCAUUUUCAGAACCGGAGGUGUUCAUCUACUUGUUGUUGUAUUUGUGAUAACCACCUCCAAAAUCCUCUUCGUAUAUUGAUCUAAGGUUCUUCUAGCGCAGGGGUUAGUUCAACACUAAACGACCUACAUCAAUCUAGUCCUCUCUCAUCAUUAUUCGUGAUAACCUGAUUCAUCGAAUACGAAUUCAAAACUAAAAUAGUCUCUCCUUCAUACCGCAAGCGCAUGCAAAUAGUGGAAGAAAGCGACUCCGAAGACGACGACGGGCCUGGCAGUUCGAUCCAGAUUGAAGAAGUUGUGGAGGGGACCGCUUCUGCUGCAACUAGCUCAUCGUCCUCGUCCUCAGGCUUCAAACGAAUGCAAAUCGUAGAGGAGUCAGACUCUGAAGAAGACGAUACCGAGACUGCAAAGAAGACAGAAGUAGUUAAGGGUUAACCAAUUACAUCCCCCACAACCAUUCCUCACUCUUUUUCCAGUAGGAAAGAGGUGAGGGAUGUUCUGAAGAAUGUAAUGCUGCAACCUUUAAAGUAGUGGCUGAAGCAAAAAAGAAGGAAGAGCAAGCAAAGGAAACCUCCUCAACUGGUGAAGCUAAGCAAGGAGGAUUUAAGCGCAUGCAAAUCGUAGAGGAGUCGGAUUCAUCAGAAGAUGAGAAAGACGAUAUCAAGAAAAAAGACGUAGAUGAGAAAGACGAUAGCAAGAAGAAAGACACUACAACUAGUGUUAAGGCUUCUCCCAAUCCAUCCCUGUAGACAUCCCUCAAACAUAGAUAUGCGCCCCAAUAGAUCAAUACAAGGGAGAUAGAUACUGACGCAUAUGCUUGAGGGAUUUCCACAGGGAUGAAUAGGGGAGAGCUCUAAUAGUGCUACCUCCACCUCGACGACAACAACAACUGCAACUGGAGCCACGCAAGAAUCCUCCGAAUCAGACUCCUCUACGCAUUGUUACGCAAGGAUGCAAAUCGUAGAGGAGUCUGAUUCGGAGGAUGAAGCGGCCUCACCCCCGCCCAGCAGCACCGAGGAAGACACGACGUCAACCUCAGAGUCGAUCGUCAUAGUGGAUCCGGCUGAGGUACAGGUACUACUUUUUAUCAGUACUUAUCUCCUGUGUAUAGAUAAGGUACUGUGGUAAGUUGUACUUAUCUCCUGUGUAUCUAUAGAUACUAUAGAUUUAGAGUCGUCGUAGAUGAUAUCGAAGUUCUUAAGUAGUAUCGCGAGAGUUCGUUCGUCAAACAGAAAGAUUUAGAUUAUAAGAAUUUUCCCUUCAGGUUCCACCUACUAGCUCUUCGGACGAAUCCGCAGAAAGUUCUUUCGUGAAAGUAAACAGCGAAAUGCUAAAGAAGAUUGGCAUUAGCAAGGUGGAAAACGAAUCCAGCGCCAGCAUCCCCUGUGUCGGACUGAACGACAAUGAAGAUGCUGCCAAGGACGCCGAUCCCUAUCCUGAGCUCAGCGUUUUGCCUACAGAGGAUGGCGUCGAACUCGCCAAGAAAGCUGGAAACACACUGUUCAAGGAAGGCAAGUUUGAGGAAGCAAGACGGGUCUUCGACAAGUGUGCUUACUCGCUUCUCCACGAAUGCACGGCUGCGACGUUCACUGCAUCAUCCAAUGAGGUCUCUAGUGCGGGUCAGACGGCGAUAAAGAGUAAGAUUCAACAUCAAGCAGCUCUUGUAAAGAGCAACUCGGCGUUUGCGAGUCUAAAGGCGAAGGACUACGCUAGGGCAGAAGAGGCGGCCACGGAGUCGUUGGAAUUAGACCCGACAAACACUAAGGCGCGUUAUCGACGCGCACAAGCAAGGCUGCAACUUGGGGAGGUAAUGAUUGAUUGUAGCUCUAGACCGGUGCUCGCACUCAAGAAGAUGAAGAUUUCAAUUCAUACUCGUUUUCCAAACCCACAUCACUAAACUCCAACAAUAUCCAGACGGAUCCCAGCAUCCUAAAAUCGGGCUUGGCCGAUGUCGACGCAGCUCUGAAGAACUCUGAGGCUGCUGGUCUUGACGAGCUGCGUGCACAGUUCCUGGAGAAGAUUGCCAAACUCGAACCCCAGAAAGCCUUCGAUACUGUGGAGCCUGGCUUUACGAAGCUCGAAAUUGGAGAUGGGGACGAGGACGAGGUGCAACUAGACAAUUGGUCAUGAUAUGCAUAGAAGUGGUGAUUAGACUGACAUGAACUUGAGCAGCAACACGUGAACCCCUUUCUCUUAGCAACACGUGAUUUGAUUGACAUGAACCCUCUAUUUUCUGUUACACGGUGUACGAAUUAUCUUCAUGAAGCGACGAACUCCAUCAUCUUAAGUAAAAACGUUUACAGGUAGAAGUCGUUCCAGCGCCACUAGCACCCAAGGCGUUCGAUCCGCCUAAACGCUCUACAACUACGCCUAGUGCCAGUAGUUCCUCUACCACGAAGCCCGCAGCAGACGUUUUAGCCGAGUUUGAGCAACUGAAGGCUGCUGCUAACGGAGCCUUUUCACAAGGCAGAUUAGAGGAUGCGGUUGUAGCUUAUCAGAAAUGCAUCGACUUCGGACUGUCGAAAAAUUCGAUUCCUAAAGAGAAGAUCGCCGUUGUUUACACAAACCGAGCAGUGACGCACUACAAACUCGGAAACUACGAGGAAUGCGAACGUAUCAAUGAAUGUGCAUAUGUUGUUUAAGUUUUAGUUUUUUUGAAGAUUCCUUGGCCGCUUCUACUAGGUUGCAGUACAAGCACCUGAUCAAGAACCCUGUCCGUCUUCGUGCCAAGAACAUUGUACAAGAAACGCAGAAACGCUACAACAACUGGUGCACUUCAAUCAAUCUUGAAUCUUCUUCAAGACAGGUGACGCAACCUCCUCUCUUCAAAACAGGUGACGCAACAUCCUCCUUGGAUAUCGGCUCUCAUCUUUUCCUCACCAAAUAAACAGGUGACGCAACAUCCUCCUUGGAUAUUGGCUCUCAGCUUGGUGCAGGGGAUCUGAAAAUGAAGGAAUCCAUCAAAAAAGCCGUCUACAAACGGGCACAGUCACGCCUGCAUCUUGGUCGAGAACUAGCAGGAGCUCUGCAGGAUGUGAAUCGCGUGAUGGAAUUUCCGGAGAAGUAUUAUACCCACUUAUUAAGUGCUUAGAUACUCGUCUUUGUCCUGUAAUAAGGAUUCUUUUCAUCUCGUGCAAAAUAAGGUUCUUGACUAUCUAAGGAUCAAAAGCCUACUAAGUGCUUAGAUUUCUUGUUUCUAUGACGAACACGGUUCCGACGUUCUUGUUCAUCAUGAGUAGCUCAGUUGCACUACCACUAAAGGUAGACUUCAUCCUUCUUCUAUCUUCUGUCUCUCCUCAAUCUACCACUACAGCAAAGCUGAUUUUCUAGCUGAAGCGGAUAAGUUGAAACGAGAAAUUUUGCAGAAAAUGGUUCAGCUAAAACGCGAACAAGAGGCUGAGAAGUUGCGGAAAGCCGCAGUGCCCGCACGAACUUCAAACUCGUCUUCAUCCGGAGGAGGAGCAAUUACGAUUUGAAAACAAAUCAAUAAGUAGUCGAAAACUGAAAAUAACCGAGUUACUGACUGAAAUAUAAGACGUAAGUAGUCUCAACAGGCUACUCUUCCUUGUAGUUCAGUCUGUUACUCGGUUAUUCUCGUCUGUUCCUCGCUUAAUAUUUCAGUAGUUGAAUCACUGUCAGCACAGGAAGCGCUCUAGAUGAUGAAGAUUUAAAACUCACCUCAUCUAAUUUUCCCACCAGCUCCUCUGGUGGAAAUUUCUCUACGCCCAUCAACGCCUACGACUUCCAGCGUGUACUCGCAUCGCUGAAGAACCAGCCACUCUCUGCUUUGCGCAACUACUUGUUGAAGCAUGUCCCUGCGAAAAUUGUUCCAUCGAUUUUCAAGCGGUCCUCUAUCGAAACUGAUCAUCUUGGCCAAGUCAUACAAGCACUGCAUUUAGCAGAAGAGGGAAGCGAAAAAACGGAGUAUGAUUAUGAACAAGCAGUUGUCGGUACAUGGGUCUGUAGUAGAAAGUUGUUUGCGCCACUAGUUACUUCUAAUACAUAAUAACUUGAAGACUUUAAUAAAUGCUAGUGGUGGAAGAUGAGUGCACUUUUGCUAUAUUUUUCCACAGCGCAAAGAAAACAGGUUGUUCCUAGUCAAGCGGACCAGAGACGCACUAACCCUAAUAAAUGUACUUAAUCAUCAUGCACAACGAAGUAUGUUUGCUACAUUUCUACUUCUUCCGUUUCUCUAAUCCCCAUACCUCUUCGCGUUGGGAAAAACGUACAUGGCAGAUUUGCAGUUCGGUAUGCUGAGCAGCGAGGAAGUCACCUGCUUAAAGGACAUCCUUACCACUGUACCAGCGAAUCGAGAAGCUGAAAAGAAGGCUUUCUUGAAAGUCUCCAAAAUUAAGAUGUAAGUAUCUGCGAUAGUGGGUCUUAGUGGCAUGUACUGUAAUAUUGGGACAGUUUCGGAAUACUGACCUGGGCAGCAUUCCAUUCCAUUGGCUCAAUAUUGUACAUAGCGUUUUAGGUACUUGCUGAAUCUUAAAUAAAGUUAUAGACCUUACUUGUACUUGUAGAUACCCUACUAGCAUGAGACUGUUAUGGUAUUUCGAGUUUGCUAUCACUACGUCAAAAAACAGAAGUUAUAGUACUUCGUGCACGACAACAAUAUGGGCACAGUGAAUUCAUUGAAGCUCAGAGAGCUGAUGGAAUUUUCUUUGUGGUGAAAAUAUGUUUGUAUUUUUUGACUUUCUUAUCUAAGUAUGCUUCAGCGAACGAACGAAAUAUAAUGGUGAACAGAGGUGACAAUCUAUCUUCCACAGAACAGACUUCAAAGUGUAUGAUUUUCUCGUCCUUGCAUUUCUGAUAUAUUCUUCAAGCACAUGCUACUUAUAUAUAAAUAUGUGUGGCGCUCUGUCAGCAGGGCAAAGUCCCUAGGCGAGCGGUUGCCUCAUGCAAUUUUUUGAGGUCAUUAAUAUUCUUAAUUCAUCAUAAUUCUGUUGUCGAAGUAGUUGAUGUAGUUCUUUUCGUGUUUUUUGACGUCUUUUUCUUUUAGCAUGCUCCUGGUAAUCGUUUCUAUAAUAAGAAAGUGGAUAUUUUUAGAACAGGUGAUUCGAUCUCAUUCGGUGUUGUAGGAAUACAUUAGUUGCAUGUCCUCAUCUAUGUUCUUGAGGACGUCAUCUAUGUUCUUGAGGACGUCAAGGCAUUGAAUUCCUACUCGUCAAAAACCCAAGUAUCCUCAUUUGGAAGUUCGACAACGAUUCAACACUUGUGAAAUCAUUGCGCAGGAACGUUACAAACUAGAUGCCCACCAGCAGGGAGCGCUUGCUCAUCGUUGAGGACGGC